AUGCGUGUCACACUGUUUUUACUUUUCAAGGUGGGUCUGUGGGCAGACGAAGCUGGAGAAUAUCCUUACUGUGGAGGCACUCUGAUCAGCGACUCCAUCGUCGUGACUGCGGCACAUUGCAUCGAACCCCUCCUAAGAUGUUCACAGCUGCCACCACAAGGGACGCCCUUUAGCAUACCAGACACGCAUGGUCACCGAUUGCGUGUACUUGUCGGCGCUCAUGGCUAUAUGGAGGCUGAUCCCACAACACAUUUGCAUAUGGUAGCCCGCGCAGUCAUCCAUCCGCAAUUCAACAUAUCCGAUCUUUCCUAUUGCACUGACAUUGCAGUCAUAAAGCUUCAUGAGGGCACGCCUACAGGUACGUGA